GUCGUUUCUGAAAUUAUGGCGGGCGCCGCCGCUGCUUGCCUGGCCGAGACGCGGGUGGGCCAGGUGGUGAUGCCGGGAGAAGCGCUGCUCUUGCCCGGCCAGGGCGAGGCGGAGGGCGAGCGGCUGCGCCUGACUACGACCGGGCCGCAAAAGGGGCGGCUGGUCUGCGGGCCGGGGCUGAGGCGGGGCGGCGCCGGCCUGCUCGUCACGAAAUGCGGACUCCUGCGCUACCGCGGCCCCUCCGCGCAGCCCGGAAGUGGGAGCGGAAGUAGUUCCGGGGGAACCUAUUGGGUGGACUCCCAGCAGAAGCGGUAUGUCCCAGUUAAGGGAGACCACGUAAUAGGUAUAAUGACGGCCAAAGCUGGGGACAUAUUCAAACUGGACGUUGGAGGCAGCGAGCAAGCAUCUCUCUCUUACUUGGCGUUUGAAGGGGCCACCAAGAGAAACAGGCCAAACGUGCAGGUGGGUGACCUUAUUUAUGGCCAGUUUAUCAUUGCCAAUAAAGAUAUGGAACCUGAGAUGGUCUGCAUAGACAGCAGCGGUCGGGCAAAUGGCAUGGGAAUAAUAGGACAAGAUGGCUUCUUAUUCAAGGUCUCACUGGGCCUCAUAAGAAAGCUUUUGGCUCCAGAUUGUGAAAUCAUCUGGGAUUUGGGACAACUUUAUCCAUUUGAGCUAGUGUUAGGAAUGAAUGGAAGAAUCUGGGUAAAAGCCAAAACAGUUCAACAGACUUUAAUAGUGGCAAACGUUUUGGAAGCCUGUGAGCAUAUGACAGCUGAACAGAGGAAAUGUGUAAUUACAAAACUGUUAGAAAACUGAUGGGGGAGAAAUGACGCAUAAUAAAUCUCGAGAGAGGGAGAAUGCUGCAUAUUUAAAUAUUUUAUAGGUAUAUGGUAAUAAAAACCAGAGCUCUGUAUAUAGUUUUUUGCUGUUGUCUUGCACUUCAUCCUGCUUGUUUUUCAAAUGGAAAGUUCUGUAGUUAGUAGUGGGGAGUUUAUAAAGAUAUAAAUACACUGCCUUGUAAAUGUAGGUUUUGCAGUGCUAUAAAAGAAGGAAAUACUUGCUAUUUUUAACUUGAUUUUUAUUUCAUUUGAUUGCAAAUAUCAUAAACUGACUUUUUCAAGAGGAAAUUUGUAAUUCACUGAGAUGUAUGUACAGUACAUGCAUGUGAGCAUAAGACUUAGUUGGAUCUAGAUUUUGUCAUAUAAAGUAGAUGCUGUAAAAGUGAAACUUAAAUAAGGACUACCUAGAGUAUUCUAUUGCUAUUAAAAACAGAAAACUAAGUUUCUCUCUGAGAAAGAUUUAACACUUUGGAUAGAUACAGCUUUUCAAAAUGAUUGCAAAAGAAACAUUUGGCAUUGAACUUGACUUUUCUGUUACUUGGCUUUCUGUUGAAGCAUAAAAAUGUAAUAAAACAUUACAGUGAAAACUUA